AUGGAUUCUUUCUCUUUCGCGACUUCAGACUCGCUGAACUACCCAGUCAGCAUCCGAGUGAUCAACUUGGAGGGCGAUGAGACCCCUCUGCUGCCGUCCGCCUUGCUCGAAAGGGCUGAACUCAGACAUGUUGGCUCUAAUACUAGCUCGCACUCUGAUCUCUACGUCACCGUCCAAGUCUGGGCCGGCUCGAAGCCCUUGACAGUCCCUGUACAGACUGCUUACAAGUCUUUCCGUACUGAAAGAAGGUGGAACGAAUGGCUCACGCUGCCCAUCGAAUACUCGACCCUUCCCCUCAACUCAUGUUUGGCUAUCACUCUUUGGGACCUCUCUCCUGCAGGCGGCAGAGAGGCGCAAGGCCAUGCGAUACCUUUCGGCGGCACGACACUUCCACUCUUCGACCGCGAUAACCAGGUCCAAAAGGGUCGCCAAAAAUGCCACAUACACCGCCACAGACAGGCCGACGGCCAUGACAACACGACGACGCCAGCAACAGCAAGGAAGAAGGGGGCUUCAAAGAGAGGUGUAAAGCCUGCUGUUGAUACAGAUGCAGAGGAACUUGAACGCAUGGAGAAACUGUUCAAGAAGCACGAGAUGGGCGAAAUCCCUAGAGUGGACUGGCUCGACCAACUCGUCUUCCGCGGGUUCGAGAAGAGGGGCCUGCAGUCGGCAAAAGACUCUCUCAGAGCAGGACAACGCCAGAGAGCGGCUGCGAUCAGCGAACUGUCCACUGAUGGCCAAGAGGACGACCAUACAGCAGACGACGAUGCCAGGGUGCAAUCCAAAUUCCAGCUUAACGUUGAGCUGCCCCGAUUUGAUUUUCCGGUUGUGUUUGCAGACUUGGAGUAUCCGCCGCCGCCGAUAUCAUCACUGCAGAACAUGUCUGGCUCACAGUCAAAUGCGUCUCUAAAACCUGUACCGGAGGUUCAGUUCGGCCCGGGUAUCAACGGUCUCGGAGAUUCCGCAGCAGGCUUUAGCAGUAGGUUGAUCAUGGUAUAUGACCCUGAGGUUGGCGCCAAAGACAACCCCGCAGAGACGAAGCACCGACGACUCGUCCGCAGUCAGCACCGACACGGCGUUCUCGACAAAGACUUGAAGCCUAAUGCCAAAGUUCGCGACGAGCUCAACGUCAUCAUGUCAUAUUCGCCGACUCACGUUCUCACCACGGAAGAGAAGGAUCUGGUCUGGAAGUUCCGGUACCAUCUGACCAGGGACAAGAGGGCAAUCACUAAGUUUGUCAAGUCGGUCAACUGGCAGGACCAGAGCGAAUCCAAGCAAGCGGCCCAGGUGUUAGGGCGGUGGAUCGAGAUCGAUGUGGACGAUGCCCUGGAGCUUCUGGGACCUACUUUCGACAGUCAGAUUGUUCGUGCAUACGCUGUCAAACGGCUGCGCCAAGCAGACGAUCGCGAACUUUUGCUCUACCUGCUGCAGCUGGUACAGGCGCUCAAGUACGAGCACAUCUCGGCCAACUCUGCCCAGGAUGCCACGCAAGACUCAUCCUUGGCUGCUUUCCUGAUCUCCCGGGCCGCCGCCAAUUUCAUGCUUGGCAACUACUUCCACUGGUACCUGAUGGUCGAGUGCGACGACAAUAGCCCCGAGCAAGGACCGGAGACCCGCGAUAUGUACCGCAAAGUCGCUUAUGACUUCAUGACCGAGUUGGUCAAGAGACCCGAUGGGGCGGCGUCGCGAAAGACAUUACUGCGACAAGCGGAACUUGUUGCCAUCCUUUCCAAGAUUUCAGGCGAAGUCAAGAUGUCCUCCGAGUCCAUCGCAAGAAGGACGGAGCGCGUCAAACACUUCCUUGCGGACCCCAAAAACGAGAUUGCCACCAUAGACCCGCCGCUGCCCGUUCCUCUUGACCCAUCGGUCGAGAUUACCGGUGUCAUUCCAGAAGAGACUGCGGUCUUCAAGUCGUCGCUCUGUCCCAUCAAGGUCACGUUCAGGACAUCGACGGGAAAGAAGUAUCCCAUCAUCUUCAAAAUGGGAGACGAUCUGCGACAGGACCAACUGGUCAUUCAAAUCAUUACACUCAUGGACCAGUUGCUCCAAAAGGAGAAUCUAGACUUGAAAUUAUCGCCCUACAAGAUUCUGGCCACAAGCACGAGCGCCGGCGCCUCCCAAUUUGUGCCUUCAGUCAGCUUCCAGAGCAUUGCAUCCAAGUACAAGAGCAACCCCGCCCUGGCGUACCUCAAGUCGAACAACCCCGACGACCGCCAGCCGCUCGGGCUACGCCAGGAGACGCUCGACACGUACGUCAAGUCCUGUGCUGGUUAUUGUGUGAUUACGUACAUUCUGGGUGUUGGCGAUCGCCACCUCGACAACCUUUUGUUGGCCCCCGAUGGACACUUUUUCCACGCCGACUUUGGGUUCAUCCUCGGACGCGAUCCGAAGCCGUUCGCGCCAGUCAUGAAGCUGUCGAAGGAAAUGGUCGACUGCAUGGGUGGCGUCAACUCGGACCAGUUCAAACAGUUCAAGCAGUACUGCUUCCUGGCCUAUGCGGCGCUUCGCAAGUCUUCCAACCUCAUCCUGAACUUGUUUAGCCUCAUGGUUGAUGCCAACAUUCCUGACAUCAGGUUCGAGCCGGACAAGGCGGUGCUCAAGGUUCGGGAGAGGUUCCACCUUGAGCUCAGCGAGGAGGAGGCUAUUCGGUACUUUGACCGCGUCAUUGAAGAUACUCUGGGCGCCAUUGCGCCCGUGGUCAUCGACAAGCUGCACGAGCUCGUGCAGGCGUUCCGUAAUUAG